AUGCUGGCUGAUCUUCACCCUCCGCUCAGACGGAGCAAGGUAGUCAUCCGCUAUGCCUUCACCGAUGAGGAUACGGUGUCGAUCAUUCGCAUAGCGAUCGAAGAGGCCGCUUGCACGAGCGAGGCGUGGGAAAAGUCACUGAGUCGUUGGAGCAAUCGCGAGGGUUGGCUGCUACCCGAAGAAACGCAACACGAACUAUUCCUAGCUCGAUGUCCGAUGAUGACGCCAUUCACGGCUCAGCUCGCCCUCGCCGCCGGGCCGCUUCGGCAGUUCAUAACUUCGUCGAACGAGGAUCGCAUUGCGCAGAACCCCUGGAUCCCACCUCGCGUUCUGAUCAUGAUAGGUUUCAAGUGGCUCCCUUGA